CAUCACACAAAUUUAAGCCAGCAGAAGCAACUAUUCCACUUUCCACAUAGGCAGAAGAAGAAACAAACGAGCGGAGACAUCUAGCUUUCAAUUCGGCAGCAUCUGAUCAUCUCACGAGUUUGUGAAUAUUUCUGAAGGCGAUCAUGGCGCCGGCUCCAGCUCAAGUGAUUGCGGUGGUGCUGCUCACAGCGGGCUAUACUGCUUUGGCCGCUGGGUCGCCUCCGGCGCCGAUCGUUUGGCAGAGGGCGACCGCCACGUUCUACGGUGGAGCUGACGCCUCCGGCACCAUGGGUGGUGCGUGUGGGUAUGGCAACCUGUACGACGAGGGGUACGGGACCCGGUCGGCGGCGCUGAGCACGGUGCUGUUCAACGACGGCGCGUCGUGUGGACAGUGCUAUAAGAUUGCAUGUGAUCGCAAGAUAGACCCGAGGUGGUGCAAACCUGGCGUGACGGUGACAAUCACCGCUACAAACUUCUGCCCGCCCAACAAUGCCCUUCCGAACGACAACGGAGGCUGGUGCAACACGCCACGGCCACAUUUCGACAUGGCGCAGCCGGCCUGGGAGAAGAUCGGUGUCUAUAGAGGUGGCAUCAUUCCGGUCAUGUAUCAGAGGGUUCCGUGCGUGAAGAAGGGUGGCCUACGGUUUAAAAUCAACGGCCACGACUACUUCAAUCUCGUGCUUGUCACCAACGUUGCAACUGCUGGCUCGAUAAAAUCCAUGGACGUCAUGAGCUCCGAUUCAAAAGAUUGGGUCCCCAUGUCACGCAACUGGGGUGCCAACUGGCACUCGUUGGCAUACCUCAGCGGGAAACAACUCUCGUUCAGAAUAACCAACACAGAUGGGCAAACACUUGUGUUCGACAAGAUUGUGCCAAGUGGAUGGAAGUUUGGGCAAACAUUUGCAAGCAAAGUACAGUUCAAUUAAUCAUUCCCAUCAGAUCAAAAUAUAAGGUGGUUGAUUCGAUGCAGUACUUGUAUAUAGAUGCCGAAUGGGUCAUGUCAUGUACAUAUACAAUAUUAAUAUUGUGUUGUGUUAUGUAUUGUUUGUGUUUAUAACUCAUGGGGUGUAUAAUUUUAAGAUUGCUUGAUUUAA